ACUGACUCUGAAUUCAAAUUAAAAAAAAAAGAAAGUAUAUAUACUACAACUAGGUCAAUUGAAAUUGCGUGGGAAACAAGAGUUAGUGUUGAUCGAAACUGAAAAAAAUGAACAAGAAAGAUCGAGAAGAAAUCGAAAGCUGGAUAAAGGGAGACGAAAAUGGCGGCGAGAUGCUUAAACGGGUAUGGAGGGUCCGACCUUUCAUUCUUCCUCCGCCGCUUCACAGAGUCCCUCUCCGCGUCGGUAACGUCCUCGAACUCGUCGGUCCAUCUCCUUCCGCCAAAACUCAAAUUCUCAUUCAAACCGCAAUCACUUGCAUUCUUCCUAAACACUGGAAUGGGAUACACUAUGGUGGAUUUGAUCAUUUGGUACUCUUUAUUGACCUUGAUUCUCGAUUUGAUAUCAAUCGUUUCUCGCAAUUGCUUGUUCAUCGGAUUAUGGAACCUUACGGGGAAGAAGCUAGUGGAGAUUAUGAUAAAUCGUUAUUUGAUUUGUGCAUGACUCGGUUUUUGUAUGUUCGUUGUUCAGACAGUUUUCAAUUUCUUCAGACUCUCAAGACGUUAAAUUGGCGCUUGGAUAAGGAGAAAGAAGUUCACGGGGUUAGUGUUCACUUGCUCAUGAUUGACAGUAUAGGAGCUUUUCAUUGGAUGGAUCGUGCAUCUAUGUUAUUGCCCCUAAAAGAAAACAGCAGGAAAAAGCUUUUUCUUCAAAGUGUGUCAGAAGCUGUAGUUCAGGAUAUUAAAAAGCUUCUUCAGGUGCAUCCAAUGCUUGUUAUAGCAACAAAGUCAGUGAUAUUUUGGAAUAAACAACCCACAGCUUCAAUUGAUGUCAAAGGAAGUUUCAUGAGAAAUAAUUGGGAAGAAAGAAGUUCGAGAAAUGCAACAAGAAACAAUCAACACCUUGAGUAUCGUGAGUAUAUGCCUUCUGUGUGGCAGUCCUUUGUUACACACAGAAUACUCAUACGAUCUUCAGAUGAUCAUUCUGUUACAAGCAACUGUCAGAACUCCUCAUUCUAUUUGUUGGAAUGGUUAUUGCCAAGAUUGACUUUUUCAGAUAAGAUUGUAGUGAAAGAUGCUGGAGUUUUUGUAGAUUCAUGAAUCCUGUUUGCAGAAGGAUGGCAGUAUGUGAUCCAUAACUGCUUUUAAUUGUGAGUAACAAAAUCUUUUCUACUGAACUUUGUAAACACAUUCUCAUCAUUAUUACUCAUAAUAGCAGCCCUCUCAUUUGUUUUCAUAUUUUUUUAUUUGUGAUGCUAAUUGAUGUAGUACAGAUUCACUAAAGGCUCUUAAACAAAUGGAGCAUAUGACUUCUUGGUUGGAUUAUGCCGGAUAUAGGAUUCAUGAUAUUAUCAAGAAGAUCCGGUUUCAUGAGGUUAAAUUACUCUGUGUGCUACAAGAGAAAAGGAGUGUUACAAGUUAUAUUUCACAUCGAUAUUCCAGAAAGAUUGGCCAUAUAUUUUAUCCUAUACAGCAGGAUAAUAGCACUGGCAGAGGACAUUCUGCUGAGCAUUAUCUCAUGCUAAGGAAAGGAGCAUUCAAAGUGUAAUUUUUAGGCAAGGUCCAGCCGCAGAAAGAAACCUACGGAACUGGUGAAAGGAUUUGAACUCCUAGAUCACAAGAAUCCAUCUUAGAUGUGGCACUUAUCAAAAGGAGGACAUAAUUUUGCUAACCUGGUCUAAGGAAAGCUUCUAAGUUCUAGCACUUAUGUUUCUAUUCAUGAUUUUUGCUUACGGACUUGAUAUCUGUAACUUUUCAAUGUCUCCACCAUUAUUCUGACCCAUUCCUGGGUUGAAAUUCUGGUGCUGUAUAUCAUGAGUAAUUUGUACAGAAAUUUUAGGUUCUUUGAUUAGGAGAUUAGGAAAUGUAUUAUCUCUAUUAUUUGUUGUUUUGCUCACUUCUAUAGUAAAACUAUCGAUUAUUUUGCUCACUUCUAUAAUAAAACUAUUGAUUAUUUUGCUCA